AUGUCAGCCCCCAAGAUCACCCUGUACGUUGACGUCGUCAGUCCCUUUGCCUACAUCGCUUUCUAUGUGUUGAAGAACUCGCCCACUUUUGCUCAAUGCAAGGUGCAAUAUGUACCCGUCCUGCUGGGAGGACUGAUGCAAACUUGCGGCAACACGCCUCCAAUCAGAAUCAAGAACAAGGACAAGUGGAUUAACGAGGAACGCUUGCGCUGGGCAAAAUACUUCUCCGUGCCCAUGUGCGCUACUACCCCCGAGGGCUUCCCGGUGCGCACCCUCGCCGUCCAGCGAGCUAUGUGUGCCGUCUCCCAGAAGUCGCCUGCAGAGGUUGAAUCUGUCCUCGAUGCUCUUUACCGCUCGUUCUGGGUGGAGCGCAACUCGAAGAUUGGGGAACCCGAGGGAUUCACUCCUGUUUUGGAGGGUGUUCUUGGGAAGCAGGUGGCGCAGGAUGUUUUGUCUGCCAUGGGCCAACCGGAUGUAAAGAAUAUCCUGACAUCUAACACGGACCAGGCCUUUAAGACUGGUGCUUUUGGUCUACCGUGGUUUGAGUGCACCAACUCCAAGGGCGAGACGGAGGGAUUCUGGGGCAUCGACCAUCUCGGUCAGGUGGUGGACUUUUUGGGUCUGGAUCGUAAUCUGGAUAAAGGGUUCCGAGCAGUUCUGUGA